GAUUAUAUUCAGUUGAAACGUUGAGAGUGACAAGUGAAGACGUAUUGUAGAGAAGUAGAUAUUACACAAUGCUUGUCGAAUACAUUGAUACAGAAAAUAUGAAAAAUAUACAGAAAAGGUCGAGAAAGACAAGUGAAGAGGAAAAGAGAGAAAUGAAGAGAGCUUCAAGCCUUGGAUUGAAACAUCAGAGAAGUAUAAGCUGCGACGCAAGCGUGAAAAGAACAGAGAAGCCGCGAAAAAGAUUAAAUCCUUUAACUCCUGUUUCACUUAUCAGCUAUGCAGUUGUUAACAGAGAUUGUAAUUUAUUAAAGAAAUUAGUGCAGAGAUAUCCACUUGCGGUGAACGAACUUUCCGACGAAGGAUUAUCUCCAUUACAUUUGGCCGCUAUAGAUGGAAAUAUGGAGAUAAUGAAGAUAUUGUUAGACUUUAACGCGCGUGUGAACAUGUUAGAUUUACGCGGGAAACUUGUGUUGGAAUAUGCAGUAGCUUGUGGACAAUUUGAUGCUGCUCAGUUAUUGAUUGAAUACGGUUCGGAUUUAUCGCAAGUUCGAGAUGGAUUCACCUUCUAAAACAAAACAAAAGGAUUAUAAUGGAACUAUUAAUUUGUGAAUUAGUAUAUAAAUAGUUAUAGAUGUUCUUAAAAAAACGAAAAUGUAGAUUUUGUAUCAUAUUUUAAAGAUUUAUUUAUUUAAGAAAACCAUGUGAAUAUUUAUCA